GCUUAGUUAUAAAAAAAAACGUGGUAAGCUCAUUAUUUGCAACAGGAUAUCUGGAGCGGUAUAAGUACAGCAUUCUGAAUACAGUACAGCCUGCCAUUACUUUAUACGAAUGUUUGCGCACCAUUACCCGUAAUAAAUAUUAAGUAACUGAAAAUGUUCCGCCGUCCGUUGUGCUUACGCCUGUCCUUUCUUUGGAGACCCUGAGUUUGUUUCUGAUAGCUGUUACAACACUGUCACAGCUGAGCUAUGCCACUGUCAGACUUCCUUGGUGCUUUGAAGGACAACCCCUACUUUGGGGCCGGUUUUGGUCUUGUGGGGGUGGGCACAGCCAUCGCAGUGGCCAGAAAAGGGGCACAGAUUGGCAUGAUCUUCUUCCGGCGACACUAUAUGAUCACCCUGGAGGUGCCCAGCAGGGAUAAGAGUUACCAUUGGCUGUUGAGUUGGAUCACGAAGCACGCUAGGCACACCCAGCACCUGAGCGUGGAGACGUCAUACAUGCAGCAUGAGAGUGGGCGAGUGCAGACGCAGUUUGACUUCCAUCCGAGCCCAGGAAACCACAUCAUCUGGUACGGACGAAAGUGGAUCAGAGUGGAGAGGACCAGGGAGAAGCAGAUGGUGGAUCUACACACAGGAACACCCUGGGAAUCUGUCACCUUCACCGCACUGGGCAGAGACAGGCAGAUAUUCUUCAGCAUCCUACAGGAAGCCAGAGAGUUGGCUCUGAAGCAGGAAGAGGGGCGGACGGUGAUGUAUACGGCCAUGGGAGCGGAGUGGCGACCCUUCGGCUUCCCGCGCCGCCGACGCCCGCUCAGCUCCGUCGUGUUGGAGAGCGGAGUCGCCGAGAGGAUUGUGGAUGACGUUAAGGAAUUUAUCAGCAAUCCGAAGUGGUACACAGACAGAGGAAUCCCGUACAGAAGGGGUUACUUGCUUUAUGGACCUCCAGGCUGUGGGAAAAGCAGUUUCAUAACGGCCCUGGCUGGGGAACUGGGUUACAGUAUCUGCCUGAUGAGCCUGAGUGACCGCAGUCUGUCUGACGACCGGUUAAACCACCUUCUGAGCGUGGCUCCGCAGCAGAGCAUCAUCCUCCUGGAGGACGUGGAUGCAGCCUUCGUCAGCCGCGAGCUCCUUCCCGCCGAGAAUCCGAUGGCCUUUCAGGGCAUGGGAAGACUGACGUUCAGUGGACUUCUGAAUGCUUUAGACGGCGUGGCGUCUUCAGAGGCCAGGAUUGUCUUCAUGACGACCAAUUUCAUUGAGAGGCUCGACCCAGCUCUCAUACGGCCCGGUCGGGUGGACCUAAAGCAGUAUGUUGGGCACUGCACACACUGGCAGCUGACCCAAAUGUUCCGGAGGUUCUAUCCGAUGGAGCCGGUCACGGAGGCGGAAAGGUUUGCAGAACGUGCUCUAGCGGCACACCCCGAACUUAGCGCUGCUCAGGUGCAGGGUCACUUCAUGCUCUAUAAGAUAGACCCUGCCGGUUCUAUUGACAACGUGGCCAAGAUCAGAGAGUGAAGCUCGGGGAUUGAUCAAAGGCUUGGGAAAUUUAGAAGAUUUUUGAAGUUUGACAAAACCCACAGGGAGUGGAAAACGGAACAGGGGAUAGAAAGAGAAGACGGAUUAUUUUGAACAAACUCCGUUAACUGAGGACAAUACCGAGGUGGAGUGUGCGACCAGAGGGAUGCUGCCUUAUGCCAUAUAAGGACAACGGGCACUUUUUUGUUUGUUUGUUUGUUUAAAUGAAGAGACCGCGUGGAACCUGAGUGACUAAAGGCUGUGGCGGCUGAUGUCCUCUGUCUUGUUCCCGCCGUGUCUGGCUCAAAUAAAAACUCAGAGCGUUUCAGUGACUUGCAGGGACUCCAGUUAUAUGGCUCUGGUUUGAGUCUCUGAGUCCUUCGUCUACAGUAUGGGUUUUUUCUGUUGUCCUCUGUUAAAAGUGUAUGUUGCAACAACAUCAA